AUGAAUCGUAUUCAGCGUUGCUUGACGUCCCUGGCCUCCGCAGGCUUCAUUCGCUCGCUGGCAGAUAAUCAACUGGAGCUGUUUUCCCAUGGGAUAGUUUACUCCAAACUUCUCCAGCAGCAGUGGUUAAAUCUGCGACCACUAGCCGCACAUCUGGGGAGCUCCGAGAAUUCUAGCUCAGACUCCAACCUCCAUCGUUUCUUCUUUGCUCGCAGCCCACAGUUUCUUAACAAUUUUAGAAAGCUUCUUAAAGACCAUCCCAGAAAGGCAAAGUGCCCUACGUUGAUCAAACAUCACACAAAUUCGUGUGUCCUCAACGAUAAUGCACUGUUUAGAAUUAAUGGGCCGGGUACAGUUUUAACAACAGACUUUCUGGUAGAACCCUACCGCGCCCUGGAACACUUCUACAACAUGCAACGUGAGAGUAAGAUCUGGUGGAUGCGACUCUCAUCGGACCCCAGUAGGUUUAGCAUUCUUCCCUGUCCUUUGCCGGAGGACCUCGACUCUAAAAUGUAUCAGGCCAUUGACAUCACAUCCAAAUAUGGAGAAGCAGGAGAAGUUGUUGUGGAGAAACUGAGUCUCGUUAAGAUGGAAGACAAUGAAGACUUCAUUUUGCCCGAUUCCCGAACUGGCGAGCGUGUUAUUCCAACAGUAAUACGAUCUACUAUUGAGCUUGAAACGGCUACCUUUGCAUUGCUUUUGGAUGGAUGCGAUCAUAGACGAGAAACCCAAUCUCUUUUGCUAAACCGUAUUCUAGCUCCUUAUCAAUGCGGAAUCGCCUGCCUUGACGGAGAGUCUAGUCUAUCCGAGGACUUGAGGGAUCUAUGCCUGCACUUGACGAACGUCAUCAGCCAAAGUGGAUUGCGCCUCUGCAAAGAAAGUGGCUUUGAGUUAACCAAAGAGUCUUCGCAGCGACCAUCAGAGUACCUGUCAGAAUCGGAUAUGCUAGGGGUGCCUUAUACCCUAAUGUUAAGCAACCAAACGUUAAAAAAUGGAUUGCUGCAGCUGCGCAGCCGGGACACAAUGAUAGCGGAAACAAUACACAUCAGCGAUGUACCAGACUAUUUAUUGAAUAUAUUCAGAAAAGAUUAAA